GGUCUAUUUUUAGCUAAAAUGAUUCCAGUCACACAACUGCCUCAGCUGCCCUGUCACUCUAGAAGGUGAGUCUGCCUUCACAACGUUACACUUUCCAGACUGAGGCAUUAUUAAUCAACAAUGGAGUACCAGGAUACCAUCACCACCAAUUCUCAAGACCCUUCCGGCAGCACUGGAAGACAGGAGCCAGCCCAAGAUUCAACAUCAGGUCCGAGCACUGACCUCCCAGAACAGCCGAGGAAAGACGUUCCGGCUGAAAACGCCCAGGUGUCACCACGACAGCCAGAGGAGAAACCGGAAACUGUUGCGGCACUCGGUCAGGCACAGAUGAAGACGACCCUCCUGAAUCUGAAGGAGGAGGCUCCUGCUCAGGGAGAGACAGCCAUCACUGACAUCGCCGAGGAUCUGGACAGGCAGCUGGAGGACAUCAUCAAAACCUACGGCUCAGGAGAAACCCUCCAGGGAAGGGAGGCCAAGGGGGAGACAUCUGGAAGUCAGGCCCUGGACAAUGGGGAGGGGAUUUCCGAAGAGUGUAUCGAGGAGGUUGGGAAAUUGCAGCCAGAGGCCACAGUGCAGGCAGAAGCAAACAAGGAGAUGGGCAAGGACCAGAAACUGGACAAGAAGAAGCUGAAAGGACUGGGGAAGGAAGUUGCCGCUCUAAUGCAGAACCUGAGUAAAACCAGCUCACCUGAGGAACGUCAGGAUGCUCUCAUUGGCAAGUACGCUGAACUGCUGGAAGAGUACCGAGGAGAACAGAAACAGAGGAAGCUGUUACAGAGGAAGCUGGAUCACCUGAGCAGGGAAAAGGACCAGCUACAGAGUGAGCACAGCAGGGCAGUACUGGCUCGAAGCAAACUUGAGAGCUUGUGCCGAGAACUCCAGAGACACAACAAGACUCUCAAGGAGGAGAGUUUGCUGCGAGCGAGGGAGGAGGAGGAGAAACGGAAAGAGGUGACGAAACAUUUCCAGGACACCCUGGUGGAUAUCCAGGCUCAGAUUGACCAGCACAGCCAGAGGAACAUCAAACUCUGUGAAGAAAACACUGAGCUGGCCAACAAACUGAAAACCAUCAUCGAGCAGUAUGAUACCCGAGAGGAGCACUUUGAAAAGGCCUUCAAGCACAAGGACCUGCAGCAACAGCUGAUGGAUGCAAAGCUCGCACAUGCACAGGAGCUGAUAAAGGAAAUGGAGGAACGGCAUCAACGAGAAAAGGACUAUCUGCUCAAUCAAGCAUCUGAGUGGAAGGUGCAAACCAACAUCAUGAAGGAACAGGAAACCCUGCUGCGAGCCCAGCUCAAGCUGUAUGCUGAGAAGUUUGAGGAGUUCCAGGGGACACUGACAAAAAGCAACGAAACAUUCAGCAACUUCAAACAGGACAUGGAAAAGAUGACGAAGAGGAUGAAGAAACUCGAAAAGGAGACGAUAAUGUGGAAAACCAAGUGGGAAUCCUGCAACAAGGCUCUCCUGGACAUGAUUGAUGAGAGAGAAGUGCGAUCCAAGGAAUACGAGUGCUUCCAAAUCAAGAUCCAGAGACUGGAAAACCUUUGCAGAGCUCUGCAGGAAGAAAGGACUGAGCUCUACAAGAGGAUUAUGGAUAUCCGCAUUAAGGAAGAAAAACCAGAGUUCCUGGUGGAUGAAGCAGAGAGUGGGGAGAAACAGGAGGAGAAAGGUGCAGAAGAAACGCCGGACUCCACUCCGCAAGAAAGCCGACUGCAGCACCUGGCCAUGGCCUUCAAAGUGGUACACGGUGCAGACAAAGCAACCCACACGGAUGAAUCCAUGGACAAUGAUGCUGCACUGGAGUCUGACACAGAAACCCCAAUGUCAAUCACAGAGGCUUUAAGGUCCCUAUUACAAGAAAGCCAGGCAGAGGCAAACAAUGCUAUAGAAACACUCACUCCGGUUCCUGCUCCACCAACAGUACCUGCUCCUGCUCCUGCUCCAGCUCCAGCUCCAGCUCCACAUCCAGUUCUGGAUUCUGCCCCUACUCCAGCACCAGUUCUGGGGUCUGUCUCUGCCCUUGCUCCUGCAUCAGUUCCCGCAUCCAUAUCUGCUCCUGCUCCUGCUCCACUUCUGGAUUCUGCUCCUGCUCCAGUUCCGGAAUCUAUGUCUGCUUCUGUUCCAGGAUCUGUAUCUGCUCCUGCUCCAGUUCCAGGAUCCAUAACUACUCCUGCUCCAGUUCCAGGAUCUGUAUCUGCUCCUGCUCCAGUUCCAGGAUCUGUAUCUGCUCCUGCUCCAGGAUCUGUAUCUGCUCCUGCUCCAGUUCCAGGAUCUGUAUCUGCUCCUGCUCCAGUUCCAGGAUCCGUAACUGCUCCUGCUCCAGUUCCAGGAUCCAUAUCUGCUCCUGCUUCUGCUCCAGUUCCAGGAUCUGUAUCUGCUCCUGCUGCAGUUUCAGGAUCCGUAACUGCUCCUGCUCCAGUUCCAGGAUCCAUAUCUGCUCCUGCUUCUGCUCCAAUUCCAGGAUCUGUAUCUGCUCCUGCUUCUGCUCCAGUUCUAAUUCCAGAAUUUGUUCAGGAAUCAGGAGGUACUACAGAGGAACAGAUGCCUGUCCAGGGGGAGACUGUGAGGCAGAUAGAAGACACAGACAUGGAUGCAGUUGACUAACUGGAAAAUAUAAUCAGACACUAGCCAUCAGUUGUUAACACUUACAGUUAAGACAUGGGUUUGGUUUCCAAUAUUUAAUGCCGUGAAAUGUAAAUAUGUGUCGACUCUGGUUUUUUUGUCGUCUUUCUUCACACUAACUCUAAAGAAAACACUGUUAUUUCCACUGCUUUAAGUAAACACCUACCAUUAGAUCA